AUGCGUCAGGCGACUGUUCAGGCUUGCCGUACUGCUCGGCGUGCCCCGGUAUGGAACGUAGCCGUUAAGCGGCCGUCCCCAUUGUCCUUCACUCAAAACCAGCUGCGAGGUCUUCGGUCAUACUCUGGCAGCAAGCGCUCAACCUCUCCGGCAGCAAUCCAGCCAUCGAUGCAUCGCCGCAAUCUCUCCCUCGCCGUUAUCUCAACCGUUGUUGCCUCCGGGGCAUGGUAUGCGUAUCAGGGUGAGACUGUUAAGUCGGCAGCAUCUCAGUUCCGAGGAUUCGCCUCGAGUGCUAUAAAUUCCGCCUACGCUGAAAAGCCAGCCGAACCUGCGCGCCGUGCGCUGCUGGUCAGCAACGAUCAAUUCUACACUGCUACACUUUCCGGGGACCAGCCGCUUGCCAAGACUACCGACGAUUCAGAUCGCGGAGUCCUCGAGAUGUUGACACCGGAGCAAGCAACCCAGAAGCUUCGUAAGAAUGAAGAAUCUUACCUGGUCAACCGAGGCAAGGGUGUUGUUCGCUACGAUAUCGUUCAGGUUCCUAGCAACUCGCCCAUUGAGGAUGACCAUGCGGAGAAGAUCGUCGAGAUUCCAGCUUCCGUGGCUGCUGUCAAGGAUGGCGAGCCAAGCAGUGAUUGGAUGUUCUGGGCAGUAUUUGAUGGACACUCAGGCUGGACAACUUCCGCAAAGCUGCGAAAUGUUUUGAUCUCAUACGUUGCCCGCGAAUUGAACACUACAUAUAAGGCUGCUGCAGCAGACUCCUCACUGUUGGUUCCCUCGUCCGAGGCUAUCGAUGCUGCUAUCAAGCAAGGCUUUGUUCGUCUCGACAAUGACAUUGUGAACGAAAGUGUCAAGGAAGUCUUCAAGGCCAAGUCGCGACGAGUUGCCGCUGAGCUCCUUGCUCCUGCUCUGUCUGGCUCAUGUGCUCUUCUCAGUUUCUACGACUCCCAGUCCAAGGAUCUCAAGGUUGCUGUUGCAGGUGACUCGCGUGCAGUUCUCGGUCGUCGUGGCCCGAGCGGUAAGUGGACUGCCACAGCUCUUUCCGAGGACCAGACUGGUGGAACACCAUCAGAGAUUAAGCGAAUCCGGGAAGAGCACCCCGGCGAGCCAUAUUCCACCAAGAACGGCCGCAUUCUCGGCCAGCUUGAGCCUAGCCGUUCCUUCGGUGACGCUACCUACAAGUGGACCAGGGAAAUCCAAGAUCAAAUCAAGGGAAAGUUCUUCGGACGUACUCCUAGUCCUCUCCUGAAGACCCCUCCCUACGUUACUGCCGAGCCUAUCAUCACUACCACCAAGGUCGAUCCCUCUAAGGGUGACUUUAUCGUCAUGGCAACUGAUGGUCUAUGGGAGAUGUUGAGCAAUGAAGAAGUUGUCGGUCUUGUUGGCCAGUGGGUUGAACAGCAACAAUCUAAUGUUGCCAGCACUGGUACCAGCAAAGCCUGGCUGCAGAGUUGGUUCGGAUUUGACAGCCAGAAGCAACUGCCGGUUGAAUCCGCAACUGAUGCAUCUGGUGAAGGCCAGCGCCGUCCUAUCCGUCAACAGCAAUACGAUAUCUCUGGCGCCGCUAGCCGUUUCGUUGUCGAGGACAAGAAUGCAGCCACACAUCUUGUGCGGAACGCCAUGGGUGGAAAGGAUAAGGACAUGGUUUGUGCUCUGUUGACGCUACCCAGUCCCUACUCUCGCCGAUACCGUGACGACGUCACCGUCGAGGUUAUCUUCUUCGGCCAAGGCCCUGACUCGCAUACAGUUGAAGUCAACCAGGAGGCGACUGCUCCAGAAGAACCCGUCAAGUCUAAGCUUUAG